AUGGUACUGUUCGGAGCAUAUUUUGCAAUCGCACAUCGCUGGUUGGGCCGGCAGAACCUUGUGCUGGCGACACUUGUGCCACUGUUGGUAGCUGCACUGACAGCUUCUUCGCUGGCAGUUUUUCGGAGUGCGAAAAGAUGGCAUCCCUCAUCGAAACCGGAGGACGUGACAGCAGAGUGCCUCCAGGCCGACGAAGCCAAGGAGAUGGCAGAAAAGGAAGAUGAGGUGCAUGGAACGUCGAAACGAGCUUCUGAAGCUGUUCUGCGCACGAAGGAGCGGGAAGAGGUGGCCAGAAAGCUUCAAGAAGCCGUGUUCGACCUCAAUGAUACGCCUACGUGGCUAGCGCAAAUGCAGAAGCGCCGCGAGCAAGCGCAGCGGGCUGGAAAAGACAAGCUUGUGCAGAAGCUCGAUAAAGAGAUCGAGCAAGCGCUGAGCAAGUCGCUCGCAGCGAAAGGCCCCGAGCUUCGGGCAGGCCGUGAGGCAGAGGAAAUGCACCACGAAGAGGACGUUUGGAGCAUGGACUGGUCCAAUUGGAGAUCCUUUGAGUCUGCACUGCCAGCAGUUGCAGCUGCGUGA